AUGACGAAAAAAAAUCUCGUGGUGAAGGUGCAGGGUGAAAGGGAUGAAAGGUAUUGCGAUGACGGAAAGAAAUCUCGCGGGGUGGAGGUGAAGGAUGAAAGGGGUGAAAGGCAUUGCGAGAACGAAAAGGAAUCUCGCGGACAGAUGGGAAGAAAGCAGAGCCAAGGACCGGGAUCAAAACAAACUAUCGGAGGGGCUGGGGUAAAGGGAAACCAAUCAUCACGCGAGAACAUCGAAGACGACCCGGAGGGUGGGAUUGUAGAGGAGGAGGCGGGCCGAUCGGUGGUGCACAACACCGAGGGUGAUGGCCUGGCGACGGGGAGCGUCUCGUCCAACCACGGUGAAGCGGCGGACUACCUGUCACCAUUUACUCGGUCGGUCGGUGGGGAUUUGACGAUGGAUCGACAUCGGCAUACGACUAGAGUGCAAGUGUUCGCGGGGUCAAGAGCGACCAAGAUGAUGCCGUGGGAGGCUCUGUUGGAUACCGGAAGUCCGGCAUCGUUUGUACAAGAAAGGUGGCGUUCAGGCGGUUGUGGCAGAGGAUGCCUCCGCACAUUCGAGACGUCCAUUUCAACUUCAAUGCGAAACUGUGGGAGCCGGAGGACAUUGACAAACUAGGGACGGGGCAGAACAUGUGCGCGACCUGGAGAGAUUUUUCGAGCGCAUGGUCAAGUUCAACCUGAAACUGCCACCCAACAAGACGAAUCUGGGGGUGAAGGUGGUGACGUUCUUGGGACAUCAAGUCACGG